AUGCCGCGCCACCGAGUGAGCUCGGGUGAACGGCCACUCCUGGCCGUAUGUAUGCGCAGCGAGAUCCAAGAAGGGAAAUACAUUGUAAGGUUCUCAGAUUGCAGGGGGUGCGAGGACCACGAAGAUAUCGAUGACGAGGAAAAUCUUAGAGAUCUACCACUCUCUAUUGUUGACUUUAGACCUUCCUACCGGGAUGUAGACUUGAGCCGAGUACAAUUUAUGAUAAACGAUAACCAAGCCCUGGUUCGAUGUACAGGCGGGUUACCUCCAGGAAUUAUUUACGCAGAUGGCCCUGCGGGGCUCCUCGAGACGCUUCCCGCGAUGGAGUUGGCAGUGAUACCCCAACUAUCCUGGGGAGCUAGGACGGGUUUGACGAGCCAGUCGAAUCCGGGCUUCUGUACCGUAUUACGAGCAGGAUGCAGCCAGUACUUCGAGCUUGGGGACCCUGUUGGCCAUGGGGAAUAG